GCCAUUUCCAUGUGUCCUGUCAUGAAUCCCAGGGAGAAGAGAUCAGCACUUCCCUCUCCACUUGCCCCAGACGAUGGCCAGUUUAUGAAGUUCCACAUGGCCAAAUUUUCUACCAAAAUGCUUUCUUUGAGCAGGGCUGGCAGGAUGAUUCCAAUAUUUAGUACAUCUUUACUUCAGGACAAAGGUAGAGUGAGAGAAGGCAUGUGGAACUAUCAGCAGAGGAGAAGAGACAGUGAUGGUGAAGCUGGGAAGAAGCAGAUGUGGGCCAGAGGUCUGUGCUCAAAUGUCACCUCUUUGCUUGUAUCCUGUGCCCUCACGUUCUCCCAAUGUCCCACAGUCACAGAACCAGAAUGGAGAUUCACACAGCUCAAGCACAGGAGGAGCCAAAAUGGAGCCAGAUGGUCUUAUACUCAUUGGCAAAGAGGAGGACAUAAAGAAGUCACAAAGAAUAACAGCCAAAGUUGAUGGCAGAGAAAUUGUUGUUUUCUACCAUGAGGGGAAAUUUCAUGCUCUGGAUUCUCGCUGCUACCAUGAAGGAGGCCCUUUAUGUCGUGGAGAAAUAGAGGAUAUUGAUGGACAAGCGUGUAUUGUUUGUCCUUGGCAUAAGUUUAAAAUCACCUUGGAAACAGGAGAAGGAUUGUACGAAGGAAUAAAUCCUCUGGAGCCAUCACCAACACCAAAGUGGCAAUCAAAAGGAGUCAAACAAAGGAUUCACAAGGUCACAAUAGACAAUGGAAAUGUUUAUGUGAGUCCUCCAGAUUUGUCUGUGAGCUUUGACUCUGAUUAUUUUGCUGAAAAGUACAAAAAUGGUGGUGAAUUAGCUAUGGGAAAACCAAGCCACUCAGAAGCCACAGAAUAGGUCAUGGCCAGACAGCAGAAUCCUGGGGGAUGCACAAAUGAAGAAUCUUUGUUGGGAAAUAAAAAUAUACUGUGCCGUGAAGAUUGUCUCCAAAUUAAAUUCUAAUAUUGUUAUGUUAAAGCAUUGAAAUAUAUAUAAAUGAGUAAGAUAAGAAGCCCUGCAUUGUCAGAAAUGUGACUGAUUUUGUGCUGAGGAUUUUUUUUGCACUUGCAUAUAUAUCCAGCUUAUAAAACUUACUACAUAAUUAAAAGUAGAUAGUCAGGUGUAAAGGUUAUCUUUAUAUACUUAACAGUUUAUAUUUCUAAUGCCUCUGGUAAAAAUGACAUGGAAAUUUUAAACUUUUGAGAUAUUUGUGUGAUCUCUAGCUAUUUAUUAAAUGCCACAAAGGGAAGCACAGAACUUCAGAAUAUUUUUGUGCACUCUUUAUGCCUAUUUGUACAUUACUACCUUGAGUAUAUAGAUGUAUUUCUUUUCCUUCUUCUCACUGAAUUCCUCUUGUUAGUUCAUCGAAUAAUGCAGGAAGGAUUUGUUAUGUAUAACUUGUUCUUCCUGGUUCUUUUGGUUAAAGAGGGAGCUGUUUGGUGUGAUAUGUGAACUAGUAGCCCUUGUUUGUUUUUCUUUAUUGUAACCACAUUUUUCUACAUUCAUUUGAAAAAAAAAAAGCGCUUUCUGUGUAGGGGCAAACCCUGUGUUUUUCUCUAUAUGUUCGCUGUCCAAUAUCAGAUCUACCCCAAAAAACCCUUCCAAGGAAGUUUCUGUCUGAGCUCUUCUGCACCCCGUGAACACAGAGCAUCACAGAAUCAUUGAUGCUGGAAAGACCAUUAAAUCCAACCAUUAAAUCAGCACUGCCGAGCCUAGCACUAAACCCUGUCCCCAAAUGCCACAUCUACACUUCUUUUAAAUAUGCCAUCCUGCAUGGCUGCAAUUCUUCACUGUGGGGUUUUUUUAUGUGAUUUGUUGGGGUUUUUUUGCAAAGUUCAUUCACAGCCAGGUUCAGUUUGAAAUGCCUACUCUUCAUCUCUAAGUUUCUCUUGUGUUUGCAGCAGGCUAUCUUGCUUUUAAUGUAUGUCACGAGUAACUAGGCCUUUGUCAACACUGUUGUUGAUACAAAAGUAUUUAGAAGUAGUGAGGCAGAGGGAAGAGUCAAAGGAAAAUUUGUACAGCAUUGAUCACAACAAAUAAAGCAAAGUACACAAACAAUUAAUUUCACUACAGCAGAGUUGAGAGGAAACCUCCUCUGGUUAUGCCACCUUGACAUGGUUUUUGCAGCUAACAGAGAAAAGUGGCACCUUGAAAGUGCUGUUGAGCUGCCCUACCCCAGUUCUGCAUUUAAUAAGAACUAGAGCACAGAAAUGCUUUUCUUGUCAUCCUCCUCUUCCUCCUCCUUCUCUUCCUUUCCCUGACCACUCAGCCAGCCAGUGCCAAUUAUCAGAUGCAAAUGCCUGCCUUCCUUCAGGUGAAUCACAUCUUGAUUAUCUGCUAGAAAAUGCUGUUGUGUACUGACCAGUUCUGUGAUUUGUUGGGGUUUUUUUUAUUACAAUUUGUUUGCUUUUAAAUGAGUAUGUCAACUUCUCCUCUUGAAGCAGGAAGGUCGAGCAGGUGCCUUCCUGCCAUCUACCCCAGCUGGUGCCCCAAGGGGCUUGGGUGGUGUCCGGAGGAUGAAGAAUUGCUGCUCUUCCCUCCCUCCUCACCCAGCUACCUGCACCUGACAUUAAACUUGACCACAAACGUUGUGUCCUAAUAAAAGACAUGGAUCAUAUAAAAGGAGAGUAUUGCAAGGUCUUCAGAUACACCUGCAUUAACUCAUGUGAUUGCUGAGACAGUAUUUUUUUUACUUUUCUUGAAGUAGUGCAUUACUAGAAAUUGACUCUUUAAAUUAAUAAAGAUGCUGUUCAGUUUAAGAAAGCACUGACUCUGAACAAUAUGCUAUUAUGUGUAUGAUGUUUAGAAGAAUGAUGGAAAUAGGAAGUUUUAUUUCAAAGCUUAAUGGACAUGUUGACACUAGUGGAAGAGUGCUCAGGAUUCUGCAGAAUUACAUUUACUGGCUAAGAUUCAGAAAAGUGUUUAAUCACGAGCUUACAUUUAAUCAUAUUGAAUAAAUGCAACUGCAUGUCCAGACAUAGGUAAAUCCUUUUUCUUCAGUACUUCUCAUGCAUAAUAACUAUCUGCAAGAGUUUAUGGUUGUUAUGAACAGUUUCCAGGUGUUCCCCAGAGAUGUGGGCAGGGCCUUCCUAGUUUCCAUGGCAACACUAAAAAAACUACUAACUCUAGCUAAGUACCGAUAUUGAAAUGCUAAUUAGCUAAUUGCUCUGUUUGUUUUCUCUAAACUACCUGGAGAUAACUGGCCUCCCACCCCUCCACGCUGCCAUUCUGGGACUAACAUGCAAAUAAAAACCCCUUAGGAUCAUGGGAGUAUUUUUAGGAGAUAAAAAGGACUAUAAAUCAAAAACUGAACACAAUAGAGAAGUCUAGACAAAUGUCCUCGCUGA